AUGUGGCUCUACCUGGUGGCACUGGUGGGCCUGUGGACACUCCUGCGCUUGUUCAGGGAGAGGAAGGUGGUGAGCCAUCUCCAUGACAAGUAUGUCUUCAUCACGGGCUGUGACUCCGGCUUUGGAAACCUGCUGGCCAGACAGCUGGACAGGAAAGGCAUGAGGGUGCUGGCUGCAUGUCUGACUGAGAAGGGAGCCGAGCAGCUGAGGAGCAAGACAUCUGAGAGGCUGGAGACAGUGAUCCUCGAUGUCACCAAGACAGAGAGUAUUGUGGCAGCCACUCAGUGGGUGAAAGAGCGUGUUGGGAACAGAGGACUCUGGGGCCUGGUCAACAAUGCUGGCAUCUCCUUACCAUCUGGUCCCAAUGAGUGGCUGAGCAAACAGGACUUUGCAACUGUACUGGAUGUGAACCUGUUGGGCAUGAUCGAAGUGACACUGAACAUGCUGCCCUUAGUAAGGAAGGCGAGGGGCCGAGUGGUCAAUGUCUCCAGUGUCUUGGGUCGAGUGUCUUUCUUUGGUGGUGGUUACUGCAUCUCCAAGUACGGUGUAGAGGCCUUCUCGGACUCCCUCAGGAGGGAGCUCUCCUACUUUGGAGUGAAGGUGGCUAUUAUAGAGCCUGGAGGUUUCAAGACUUGUGUGACAAGUAGUGACAGGCUGUCAUCAAACACCAAGAUGACCUGGGACAAGGCCGGCUCGGAAGUCAAAAAGAUCUAUGGCGAGAAGUUUUUAUCAUCUCAUCUGACACGGCUAAAAAUGAUGGAUGACACGUGCAACUCUGACCUGUCUUUGGUAACUGACUGCAUGGAGCACGCUCUGACUGCCUGUCACCCUCGCACCCGAUACUCAGCUGGGUGGGAUGCCAAGCUCUUCUACCUCCCCUUGAGCUACCUGCCCACCUCUCUUGUGGAUACCCUGGUCUACUGGACUUCUCCAAAGCCUGAGAAAGCUCUCUGAAGUCUUUACCUAUGUGUAUAGUUGGUGAUAUGGAGGCCACUUCUCAUGAACCCUCCCUCAGUGCCAUUGCCAUACUCCUCCAGCACCAUGUACAGAGUGUUCUUCUCAACUAUGCUUUUCAUUUUACGGACAACAUUUUUGCCAAAGAGCCAGGGUGCUGACCUUGCCGUGACCUCUGAGACCUGGCUCUGCCUGCUGCUAGGUUGGGAAUCUCAAGAGUAGGCUGAGCAGGGAAAGCAUGUGUGGAAGAGACAGAGAAUCCUGGACUCAGUACAGACUUGCCCUGGGGAGGGACUUCCAUAGAUGCCUGACUCCUCUUCUCUCGGUAGAAAUGUGGGGUCCAGGGGCCACAGGAGAAACUUGUAAAUAAACAACAAUUUCUGGAUUAAUGAAAAUAGAAAUUCCUCUACUGUAACAUGUGUAUGGUCCUCCAUUAACUUGUGUUAUUUUGAAAUGAUUGUUUUAGGACCUUUGAGCAUACGUGUGUGUGUACUUGUAUGUUUCAUGUGUGGGAGGACCCUCAGAGGUGAGAAGGAAGAUGAAGGCCACUGGUUACAAGAAGUUUUCAGCCAUACAAUUUGGGUGUCAGAAAAUGAAUUUGGGUUCUUCAGAAGAGCAGUAAAUACUCUUAAUGGUUGACUUAUUUCUACAAAACAUAUAUUUAUAUUUUAGUUUUUAUUUCUUUUGGUUUGUUUGUUUGUUUGUUUUGAGAUGUCUCACUACACGACAGGUUGACC